AAUGACGUCACGCGGAUAACAUUUAACAUACAGUUUCGAAACCGAAACAGCGGAUAACUUGAGAAACAACUCUUCAGUAUUCGUGUGACGGCUGGAUUCAAACAUCUUCCAUCUUACCUACACACGAGAGCACCGGGGAGAGUGGACGACCCACGGUUUCAGCUGUCCUGCUCGUAUUUGUUGACCGCUCAGCUAGCCGGGCUGCUAAGUGUAGCUAGCGUUAAGUAGAUAGCUGGGAGCUAGCUUGCGAGUUAGCAAGAGAAACUCAACAACACUUCAUCUCUAAAACAGAGUGCUCAGCGUCUGUCAGUAUGGAGAAUAAAUAUAACCUCAAGAGUCCAGCGGUAAAGAGGCUGAUGAAAGAGGCUGCUGAACUGAGGGACCCCACAGAGCACUACCACGCCCAGCCACUGGAAGCAGUGAUUGACAGGAAGAAUAGGUGACAGAUGAGAGAGAGACCCCAGUAGUGUUAGCAACAGAUGAGAGAGACCUAUGUGCGCCUUGCAACUUCAGCGACAGGUAAGGUAGAGACCAACAGCCUCAUCAGGUGAAGCAGAAUCCAGGAUCCCGACCCCAAACAGCUUCAAAAUCAGGUGAGGGAGAGCCUGGUGUGCCUCCAACAGCUUAACAGUGGUUGUGACAUUUAUGGUAUGUAAUGUUAAAAAGCUCUGAUAGUUAAAAUAAUUUGUGUGGUCUGUUAAAUUUAAGUGGUCUGUUAAAUUUAGUUAUGUGUUUAAAAUGAUAUCCUCACUACAAAAGAUGUUAGAAUUCACCUGCUCUCUGCUGCAGUGACCCACUCAGGGUUAGGGGGGAGGGUAAAGUUCAAUUGUAGAUAUUCAUAAUUUAAGAUUAUAGUGAAUUGUUCAAAGAAAUAGAAUUUUACUUUCUGUAUUGGUUGGAUACUGCCCAACUGGAAUAACUGCUCACCAUUCUCACAACAUGCAGCUGCAGGCUGUGUGGCUCCACUGGACUCGUCACUGUCAGUGUUUUCACCUCAGACAGGCAUUUGAAGUCACAGGUUUGGUGUCUCCUGUUGAACAUGUUAGUUUUAUGUGACAUUUUUCUCUUUUUGCAGGAUAACCUCUUUGAAUGGCACUUCUCCGUACGCGGGCCACCAGAUUCUGAUUUCGACGGUGGGGUUUACCACGGCAGGAUCGUGCUUCCCCCAGAGUAUCCGAUGAAGCCCCCCAGCAUCAUCCUCCUCACACCGAAUGGAAGAUUUGAAGUUGGGAAGAAAAUUUGCCUGAGCAUCUCUGGCCACCAUCCAGAGACCUGGCAGCCCUCUUGGAGCAUCCGAACCGCUCUAAUAGCCAUAAUCGGAUUCAUGCCAACAAAAGGAGAGGGAGCAAUAGGAUCUCUUGAUUAUACUCCAGAAGAGAGGAGGGCUCUUGCCAAAAAGUCUCAGGACUUCUGCUGUGAAGCGUGUGGCUGCUCCAUGCGCUCUGCCCUCCAGGCUCUUACCCCAAACAGCAAUCCCAGUGCAGAGGACUACAAGGCUAAAGAGCUGGCCCAGCAAAUCAACUUCAAGGCAGAGUCCAGUUUAUCCAGACAGGCAAGUGAGAGCGGAGGUGCAGAAAGCGAGCCUUCCACGCUCACCGAGGGAGACACCUCCACGUCUGCCAGCCAGGAAGCUUCUGAGGCGCCCCAGGCGGAGCAGGCUGAGGCAUCUCCAGCCACAGGGAUAGAGGGACCCCAACCCGCUGUGACCCCAAGCACUGGUCGCCCACUCAGCCCCCGGCAGCGUCGCGCCCAGCAGCACAGCCAGCAGGGCCAGAGAGACGGCAGAGAUCCAGCCAGCAGGCCAGCCUUCGCCCCGGCUCCUCGCCAGCCUCUGGAUGAAAGCCACGCAGGCUCGGCAGUCCUCAUUGUGGUGCUCACUCUGGCCCUGGCGGCGCUCAUCUUCCGCAGGAUCUACCUGGCUAAUGAGUACAAGUUUGACUAUGAGCUGUGACCACACACUUGGCUGCCCCCACUCCUUUCUCACCCUCAAGUCAACCCCUCCUGCUACCACCCUAACAGAACUAUGGCCAGCUGACGUGGAGCCAGAACCUAUGGCUGAUACUGACUUUCUGCCCUCCCUGCUCAUCAGCAGAGGGCUCGGUCUCCGCUGAGGGGGAACUUUCAUUCCUGCAGAGGAGGAGCUCCACUUACCACAACACCCCCAGGGUGUCUUUUAAUCAAUGUGAAUUUUACUCUCGAGAGUGUCAUGCAUUUUUAAAAACGGGAAGCUUUGUUGUGUAGCCACACACACCACAUGUACCCCUCCAUAUAAUUAUUCUAUCCUAGGGCUGCAGCUUGUUCCCUUUAUUUAAUUAAAACUGUAUUAUGAUAUGUUAAAAAGGUUUUGGUGGAUUUUUGUCUCAAAGUAAUGAAUUAAUCAUCAAUCAAUCCAUCAGUUUUAUUUGUCACAUGUAGUCAUAUAAGGUACAAGUCCAGUGAAAUGUAAUCCCACCAGUUCCUUCAGUUGUGCAUUAAAAAGAUUUUACAUAGAGUAGGAA